AGCAGCCACAGAAGAAGCAAGCAACAUCUGUGAUUUGCACGGAUGAACCGAAGGAGAGAAUCGAGAAAUUUCCGGAACGCGAGAGAGUUUGAAGUCUCCGUCGUUGCUCCUAAAGGGCGGUGUGAAUCAAGAUCGUUCCGAUGGACCUGACCACUUCAUCUUCUCCGCCCUCGUCGACUUCAAACACCCUGUGCAAUAUGAAGUGAUGCUCAGACAUUGUUGGUGAUGAAAGAAGUAUGUAUGUGCGUACGUAGCCCCUGUCUUUCAGAUUCUAUCUAUAGAGAACUCAUGCUGCCAGAGUGCCCGACAACCGUGUCAACACUUCUUUUUUUCUACAACCAACCGAGUCGACACUUCAUGUAGAUGGAUGGAGAGAAAAGAGGAAGAAAAGAUGGAGGUCAAAAAACCCACAGGCAACAGACCAAGGCUCAAAUGGAAGCCCCCACCACAAGGAUUGAUAAAAUGCAAUACUGAUGGUGCUUGGCACAAGGAUCAUCAAUAUCAGGGUAUUGGUUGGGUGAGCAGAGACCAUACAGGUCGCUUGCUGUGGGCAGGAGCUAAGCGGUUACAGGGUGUGGGAUCUCCAAUAGAAACCGAAGCACUGGCGCUAAGGUGGGCAGUACAAACGAUGGUUCGAUUUGGAUAUAAACAUGUCUUGUUUGAAACAGAUUCUUUGGUCCUUGCCAAGAUGAUAACAGGCAAGGAGGAGACAUGGCCGAAACUGAAACCACUCAUUCAGGAGAUCUCCCACACUCUCUCGGCGAACCGUGGCUACAAGAUCGAGUACUCUACUCGUGAUAGUAACAAAACGGCAGAUAGGAUAGCGAAGGAAGCUCUUUCUUUUAUGAAUUAUGUUCCCAAGUUGUAUUCUAUUGUGCCACAGUGGUUAAAAGUUGUAAUAGAGGCUGAUAUGCCUUCUUUAGGAUCAAACAUUGAUGUAGGUCCUAAUUCUUAUGGUUAAUGAAAGUAGUUGUUGAGCCAAAAAAAAAAAAAACUUUAUGAGAAAAAGAAACAAUUUUUUAAUUUUU